AUGGAAGUUCAAAUCAUCUCUAAAGAAAUCCUGAAACCUUCUUCUUCCACGCCGCACCACCUUAGAAACUAUAAGCUUUCUGUCCUUGAUCAGUUAGCUCCACCUAUUUACAUCCCCAUCAUUCUCUUUUACUCACCAUCCAGUGAAUAUUUCUGCGAGAAAUCUGAUCAUCUGAAAAAGUCCUUCUCUAAGACAUUAACCCACUUCUACCCUUUUGCCGGACAAAUAAAAGACGAUUUUUCUAUCGACUGCAACGAUGAUGGUGCUGCGUUCAUUGAAGCCCGUGUAGAUGCAGGUGACAUAUCCAUGGUGCUUGAGCAAGCAGACAUAAAUCAGCUGCAACAGCUGCUACCAUUCAGCCCUUAUGGAAAGUCAUCUAAGCGAAGCACUGAUCAGGUCAUGCUAGCAGCUCAAGUCAAUUACUUCAACUGUGGUGGGUUGGCCAUUAGUAUUUGCAUUUGGCAUGCAGUUGCUGAUGCAUCAACUCUAGCAACCUUUGCUAAUAGCUGGGCUGCAAUUAGUUCUGGUUCCAAUAACAUUAGCAACGAGGUGAUUUUUGACGGCACGACACUCUUCCCUCCACAAGAUUUAUCAAGCUUCUCUUUGCACAAUUUCGUAAAAGAGGAUGAGUUAAGGGAAAUUGUGAUGAGAAGGUUCUUGUUUGAUGGUUCCAAGGUAGCUGCUCUAAGAGCUGAAGUAGGCAAUGGACAAUAUUUGGAUCGACCGACUCGUUUUGAGGCUGUUUCAGCUCUCAUUUUGGGGGCUAUGAUGGCUAUAACCGGAGAAAACGAAGCUACCAGGAUAAAUACUGCAACGGUUGCAGUCGAUUUGCGGAGGAGAAUGAAACCGCAACUGCCACAGCAAUCUAUUGGAAACUUCUGCCAAGUGACAAUAGCAAAUUGGCCAGAGAGUGAAAGUAACGUGCUAAACUAUAAUCGUUUAGCAGGAAAACUUCAUGAGUCAAUAACGAAGAUGAACAACGACUAUAUUAGGAAGCUUCAUGCUGGUGGUGGGUACUUUAACUUCCUCCAAAAAGCUGGCGAGGAAGCUAGAAAAGGUCCUAACUUGAGGGUAUUUGGUUUCAGUAGUUGGUGUAAGUUCCCAUUUUAUGAAGCUGAUUUUGGGUGGGGAAAGCCUAUUUGGUCAAGUCCUGUGUUGAAGCUUAACAGGGUUGCCAUUUUCUUAGAUACAAAAGAUGGCAAGGGAAUAGACGCAUGGAUUGGACUGUCCAAGGAAGACAUGAUAAAGUUUGAAAAAAACCCUAGCAUCCUUACUUAUGCUUCUUUCAGUCCAAGCAUGUAA